AUUGACCCCACCACCAUGGCCCGGCUGUGGCUCCAUCUCUGCAUCUGCCUCCAGAUCCCAGGUUUCUGUACAAAACUACUUUUAUCCCAGACUCCAAACCAUAUUUUAGCCCAGACUAAAAAUAAAACGGAAAUCCCCUGUGAGCUGCAGAAGGAGCAUGCCGGGGUGUACUGGUACCGCUGGAGCCAGGAGAGGCAGAAUUUCGAGUUCUUGAUAUAUUCCACCCGGCUGGGCAAAGCCACGUAUGGCGCAGACAUCACCCAGGACAAGUUUAGUGUCCAUGGGGCGAGUUCCCACACCUCCUUCAGCCUGCACAUCAGGGACCUCAGUGGCUCAGACAACGGCACCUAUUACUGCUCCAUCUCCCAGUCCUCCCAGCUCUUCGUGGGCAGUGGGACACGGCUUGAUGUGGUUGAUGAUUUGCCUCUGCCUCCAAUGACCACUAAGGCACCGCUCUCCAAAAAGCCUCUGUCAUCCAUAACCAAACGCAAAGCUGCUGGCAAGAAAGGUGCCUGCAGCCCCCUGGUCUGGGUCCCCCUGGCCACCAGUGUCCUGCUCCUCCUGAUGAGCCUGAUCCCCACCACUUACCGCCUCUACCGUCUGCGGCGGAGGCUGUGGCUUCGCAUCCACAGGCAGUAAAUCCCACCGGUUCCCCCCACCUCAGGCAGGCAGGGAGAAGCUACGGACCCUCCACUGCACAGUGCUGAGCACUGCCUGGAUGUCACUCAGGAAGGACAUUACAGGGGACAGACAUGGGCUUACACUGCAAGACAGACAUUUCCUGCAA